CAGACAUAACGUCUGGGUGUAAUGCGCAUUGUUAUUUGGUAUGACUGAUCACUAAAAAUAAAUAAAAAUGGAAAUGGCCUCGCAAGAAGAAAACAUUCACGACAUAGAUGACAGCCAAAAUAACGAAUUCCCCCGAAUAGUUCCCCCGUUUGGUGGUCUCAUUAUUGCUGUUGAACGCUGUCCACUUUGUGAAAGAACCAAGAAGCCAUUUACUUGCACAAAGUGUGUAGAAAAGGGAGAUUUUAUCCAUUCUAGCAACAACAACAUCAGCAGUGGGAACGGCAAGCUCAGUGCUGUCACUGAAAGAUUUUCGGACAAGUUACAUCGUUUGCAACAACUCCAUAAGGAAAGAGCUGGUAUCUAUGAAAAAGUAUCAAGAAAGCUUGAAAAAUCUGUUGCCAUAGCAGCAAAGAAAUGGGAGAUUUCAAUGUUGAAGGAGAGGUUAGAGUUGGUGCAGCAAGCUCUGGACGAAAGCAAGAAUAUGGUACAAGUUGACAAAACCGCACAUACUUUACAGAGUACAAAGAUUAGAGACAUGACGACAAAAGCUGGAAUACACCAGCAUAAACUGGAGCGCAUUAAGAAAUACAUAGAGCAAAUAUCCAUGCGCCAUACCCAUGAUGAACUCCCGGACCGUGAGGAGAAGUUGUCAGCUCUGAGAAGAACUAAUGUUGAUCAGCUCAUCUCUUAUAUCUUCCCAAUUAAUGAAAUACAUACUGGAGAAAGUAAACAAACAGACCCAGAGGAGGAGCGUGAAGGGGAUGAAGAAGUGGUAGCGGCUCUGGCUGAGGCAAGGAAAAUGGCUUAUGUACAGGGACGUUGGGUCUACACAGAGAAUAGCCAAGAGGUACAUUAUAGUCUGGUGCAUCCGAGCGCUGUGUGUCUACCUGCUAAUGGAGACUAUACUGCAUACACCGCUUGGGUUGCAGCCAAAGAAAAUGACCACCAAGCAUCUGAUUCUCAGCUGGACCUUUACAACCCUGGUAAGAUGAUCAGUGGUGCUUUAUGUCAUACGGCUCAGUUGGUGUCUCUACUAGCGUUCUAUCUCAACGUUGUGCUUCCCAAAAAGUCACAUUUCAGUUUGUUUUGUGGGGACCAACUAAGCCCAUACGAGUUCUACAAGGCUGUUGAUAAACUCAACAUAAAUGUGCUUUAUCUUUGCUUCAGUCAGAAUGUUGAACCAGACUGUCUGCAUCCUCAUUACACCGUACGGAACCUUUUGACACUACUCAGCCCCAACAGCAAACAUCUAGGAAGGAGUGGUCCCAUUGAAGUUCAUGCUGAUUUAUUGCUCUCCGUACCCAAAGUAUCCUUCAGUCGUCUUCCCAGUGAGUCUGAGAGCAACAGUGAGCCUUUAUCACAUCUCAAUGACGAGAACAGUGAUACGUCAGAUGAUCUGGAAUGGGAAAACGUCUUAGAGUCCCAGGUCACCACUCUAACUGGUAACCCAAGCAGCACGACCAGUCCCCUUCCGGAGUCGCUGGCGUCCUUCCAGCAGGAAGGUAGCGAUGACAGUGAUGGGCGUUUGCUUGGGGCUGAAGCUUCGGCCUCGACUACAGGGGGCUUGAUGUCUUCUGCUGCUGCAUCUGUUGUUUCCUUCUGGAGAGCUGCCACAAGCCAGAGGUGACAUUGCCAUGGUUAUGUUGUCAUGGCAAUGGAAUAAUCAGGAAGGUGCUGUCAAGGGAAAUGGCCUCCUUGUUUACAAAAUUCAUAAAAAGAGGAAGGAUCUGUCAUGAUCAGGUGUAAAAUGUUGCCUCCUUUAAGGCUACGCUGAGAAAUAACAAGCCAGAAGUUACCUUACCACAAUUUCGUGGUAGUGUAAAAAAAAAAUCUUCUUUGUUUGAAGAGUAACCAAAGGUCAAAGGUAAUGUGAGAGGCACUGAGCUGCUGUCGGUUAAUGUGGUUGUGUGGAUACACCAAGUUGAAGAACUUGUUGAAGGUGAAGUUCAAAACUCCUGUUAUUUUUCCAAGAUGGUAGCUGCAAAUCAGGAUGCAGUACCUCAUCUAGGUCUAGUAACUUGACUACCUGAGUAUCCCCCAUUAAACAAGUUAGUUUGGAUGGUCUGUGAUUACAGGAUAUCCCAGUCAAGCCUACCUGUCUGGAAUAGUUGAGGACAGUUCAUCAGUUUACACCAGUCAGGGCUCGAACUUGGAUGGAAACUUCCACCAGACUGCAGGGCAUGAAGCUCAAAAUGUUGACUGGAAUAGACUUACUUUCAUGAGACCGGAAUUAAAAUGGGAAAAACAAUUACAAGUAUGCAGUUUAAACUGUUUUAAAUUUGUGUAGGUAUUCUUCACUACUCAACGAUAUUGAAAGAUAUUUGCCAGACUGAGAGUUAACAUUUGAACAAAAGGCAAGACUUCCUGACUUGUCCAGUCAUGAGUUUACUGGCCUGAUGCUAAAAUUACUUGCCGCACCUCCAGUGAAAAUUAUGAGUCCUGUUGCAUGUCUAGUAGGCUGUUCAAUUUGAAUGUUAAUGCAUUAUUAGCCCUUUUUAAAGUCUAAUUGUAGCCACCCAAUUUUAUAGUGUUUUUCAUAGUAAAGCAUCACAAUACAUCGCAGGGCACCUCACAGGGAACCAGAGACACUCGAGUGGUGUGUGUUUGUUAACAUUUUGUGCUAUGCACACAUACUUUGCUAUCAGCUAUGUAUGUAGUCUUGGUGCAAGACCUUGUUUUAAUUUGUCACAAUUUUCUCCACUAUGUGGUUUUAUCAUCAACUUUGUUACAGCAGUUUGUGGAUGGUAGCGCCCUCUUGCAGGGAAAUUUGUGAAAGACUACUUCAUGUACAAUUUGUAUAAUGCUAGAUUGAUUAGACUGGCAGUUUUGAAAUUCAACCAUGUAGGAGGAACCAUGCAUGGGUGACCCAUUUCCUUCCUCCAUGUGUGACCCUAAGCAUCAGAAGGAAUUGGAUUAAAGAAUAGAGGAAGGUGUUUUUAAACUUGAAGUUUUCUAAAACAGAAGUGCGCAGAAGUGUAGUGUAGUCAGUUUGGUGUUGCUUAUUGUGGCAUAUAACAGAACUAGAUGGAGCACACAUAACUACGCUGUAAAACCAUGGGCACAAGUCCCUGUGAAUAAAUUACAAUGAGCUUGCCAUUUACAAAAUGGUGGUCGUAUGAAUUGUUUUCUGACCUGUGUUAUACGAUGGUCAGUGCCAUUUUCUUGCUUCUUGUAUGGUUGUGUCAUGUGGUUUCGUAUGCCUGCUAGUUCUGUUUAUAGUACAACUCCAUGCGUGGCCACCUAGCAUUAUGUCCGUUGAACAUUUUCACUGGAGGAAAAAAAUAAUAUGCAAACUUUGUCAACAAUGUUAUAGACAUGAGCUGUAUUUCACAGAAAUUUGUUUUGCUGGAAAAUAGUGUUUGAGAUUCUGUGCUUAAAAGGUAAUUUGGGCAGCUAGUAUUCUUGAAUUAACGCUUUACCACUUUUUGGGGCUUUUAGAAAUGUGUUUUAAAAUCAGCCUGAAUGAAAAUAUUACAUCUUAUUUUAUUUUCUAAAUCUAAGAUAACCUUACCAAUUGUUGUUCACCUCCCAAGCCAGCUAUGGUAAAAUGAUGAAUAUUGUUGUAAUCAAUCAAUCAAUCAAUCAAUCAAUCAAUCAAACAAACAAACAAACAUUAAAGGCCCUUCGA